AUGGACGACCCCGCUGUCGUUCGCGAGCUCUCCCGGCUCGAUCCCGCGAUUCCCUUUCGCGCAUCCUCCGACCACCUCCAUCACACCUGGGCCAGGACGUUCUACUCCCGUCCCGAGCUGUAUAUCCAGCCGCAAUCCAUAGCCGAGAUCCAGAAGCUGGUGACGGUGGCCCGUCGGUGCCGGCGUCGCCUGGUCACCGUGGGUAGUGGCCACUCGCCAUCGGAUCUGACCUGCACCUCGUCGUGGCUCGUCAAUCUGGAUAACUUCAACCGCGUGCUUGACAUCGAUCGGGAAACAUAUCUUGUGACGGUUGAGGCGGGGAUCCGGUUGAGGGAUCUUGGGCGGCGGCUGGAGGAACAUGGCAUGACGUUGUCGAAUCUGGGGAGCAUUGAUAGUCAGUCGAUUGCGGGGGUCAUCGCGACGGGAACCCAUGGGAGCUCGCUGUGGCAUGGUCUGAUCUCGGAGUGUAUCAUCUCGCUGACGCUGAUGCUGGCCAAUGGACAGCUGGUGCGCUGUAGUGCGUCCAGCAACCCGGACCUUUUCCGUGCCGCGUUGAUCUCCCUCGGUGCAUUGGGUAUCGUCGUCGAGGUUACUUUGCAGGCGGAGCCUACUUUCAAGGUCGCAUGGAAGCAGAGUCGACGACGGCUGUCAAGUGUGCUGGCGGAGUGGUCCUCCGGCCUCUGGACUUCACACGAGUUUGUACGUGUGUGGUGGAUGCCUUAUGAGAAGAGUGCGAUCGUCUGGCAUGCAGAUAAAACCAACCUGCCUCUUCGGAAACCGCCAAGCAAUUUCUAUGGCGAGUGGAUCGGCUACCAGAUCUACCAUAACCUGCUGGCCCUUUCGAACUACUUCCCCCGGAUCCUGCCCUGGGUGGAAUGGUUUGUCUUUGGCAUGCAGUAUGGUUUCAAGGCCGAGGCAACAGUGACGGAGGCGGUGGAGCCCGCCCGUAAGGGUCUUUUGAUGAAUUGCCUAUACUCCCAGUUCGUCAAUGAAUGGGCCCUGCCUCUUGAGAAGGGCCCGGAAGCGAUCACGCGUUUGUCGGCCUGGCUGCAUGGGGAUAUGGAGGUGGCUCGUAUCCCGUUCCCUGUGGAUGGGCUGUGGGUCCACUGCCCUGUUGAAGUCAGGGUGGCAGACUCGACCCAUAAUAAGAGACCUCGCCCGUUCCUUGAUCCCACCUGUCCUGAUGGACCGACUCUGUAUCUGAACGCGACCCUCUAUCGCCCAUAUCACCAGGACCCUCCAUGCAAAGAUCGCUACUACGAGGCUUUCGAGUGGCUCAUGCGGGACAUGGGUGGGAAGCCACACUGGGCCAAGAAUUUCCACACUGAUCGUCACGAGCUGCACAAGCUCUACGGCAAGGAUAUGGAUGACUGGCUGAGGGUACGGAGAGAGGUUGAUACCGACGGCAUGUUUCUUGGUGAAUGGCAUCAUCGCAAUCUUCCCUUGUCGGAUGAUGAGAAGGAGGAAACCGCGUCGAUCAUCUUCCCUCUUUCGGAACGAGAGAAGACUCGUCACCAAGCGCACUUUCGUGGAGCUGGCGAUGGUCUUGAGUGGAUCGGAGAUAAGCGAUGGCAGGCAACUUCAGGACAUCAGGCUGUUGCCCUGUCGAGUCUCGAGGGAAAAGAUUUGGAAGGUGUGUCAGGUCCAAGCCCUCCAAUGACGGCAGCCAGUGACGAAAGCUUCGACAUGCUCGCCACUGGAGAAGCCAGCGUUAUUCUUCCAGGUGACCGCUUGUCGAAGGAGGAUGCCUGA